AUGAACUCCUUUGAGCUGCCAAAUACGCCCACAAACUCACCGCAACGAAAGCGUCAGAGGCCUCUCCCUCAGGCGCUGCCAACCCCGACUCCUGCCCCGGAUACAAUAGAGACUGAAGAUACGUCUUUCGUCAUCAACCGAGCAGUAAACUUCCUGCUCCAGGAACAUGGCUCUCGCCUAGUUGCCUCGAGCUUGUUCCCCCCCGAGAUAUCCCCCUCGCACAUUCGCCUGUCCGUAGCUCGAUUUGAGAAGGGAAUGGCUGCCGCCAGCCGAGACAUUACUUGUUCUUCGUGCGGCAUGCUUAUCCCUAGUACUGACGCCCGUCAUUUUCUAGAUGAGGAUUCUGUACUAAGGCCAUUGGAAGGGUUCCUCGAUCGCUGUGGCUACAUUGAUGGCUUCUGGAACCUGUGCUCAGGAUGCCACGCCGCACUCCUACGCGGUUCUGCUCCAAAGUUCUCCGCAAAGAAUAAGGUCAAUGUUACUCUGUGCCAGCACUACCCUGACUCCCUCAAAGACCUUACUCUUACUGAAGAGUAUCUCAUUGCCAGAUCUCACCCCGUUGGGGUGAUUUUGAAGCUACGGCCCGGGGGCCAAAUGCCGCCAGCAAACUACCAUGCACUACGUGGUCAUUUUAUAAUUAUACCACAAGAUCCAAAACCUCUCCUCCAAAUAUUACCUAGUCCGGGUCUACAGCUCACGGAGCUCUUAAAAGUCUUUUGGCUCGGAAAUGGUGCACCAACCGAUGACGAUCUUCGCCCUUUCCUGAUUGUGCGCAAGUCCAAGGUCCUCGCCGCUCUGCAAUAUCUUAUACAGCACAAUCCUCUCUACGGAGACGUCACAGUUGCACAUUCCACCAUUUAUAACUGGCCUGACGAAUUCAUACCAUCUGAUAUACAGCAGCAAGUUAUAAGCUUGAAUGAAACGGACCACAACGAGCGAGGCGGCUAUAGCGUCAAUUUACAAGAAGGCAAUUAUGAGAACGACUGGCAAGCCGCAGAGAAUGACUCAGACCACUUAACCGAAAACUCCCUUCCUGUCACUGCUUCCGUUACCGUUGAUAUAAAUGGAGAGCGCCAGAACCCUGACCUGCGCCUGCUUAACACAAUGAACACUUUGAUUAACGAUUCAGCGCCGGGCGUGCAGCCGCGAUUUACUCCUGCUGGUCACAUGAACCAGACUGCCCUAUCAUAUGAUACCCAUCGAAGUCCUCCUGCAAUUGAAUAUGGUGUGCGAGGGCAGGCGUUGCUGCUUAACCAAUGGCAGGACCCUCACUAUUUCACAUCUGCUUUCCCUACACUUUUUCCCACGGGUAUGGGGGGCCAUCUGGACGACCGAGUUGUCCCCGUGUCACUCUCUGCUUUUGCGAAUUGGGCACUACGCCAUCAUAGCCGCAGAUUUUCCCAGCACAAGACUUUCAUGUAUUUGCUAUAUGAUGUUAUCCAGCUGCGCAAUUCGUGCCUUGGUAAUUCAUUGCUUAUCAAGCGAUCCCAGUGGACAUUAGUGACACGGGAUCUUAACUCAUUGAGCAGUGAUCGCCUACGGAAGGCCGCCGAAGAACUCGCUGCAAACCAAGUAUCCACAGAUGCGCUUGUCCAACGACUUCUCAAAAAUAUAACUGCCAUCGGGGUACAGGUACCAGGGUCCUUCUUCCAGAAACUCCAGAUGCGUGCCGAGAUUCGAGGUCUGCUAGUACGCGAAGGAAUGCCUGCAUUCUGGCUGACAAUCAACCCGUCUGAUCUUCAAAAUCCCCUUGUGCUUGUUCUUGCUGGGCUGCAGUGCUCAACUGAUGGCUCUACCACUGUGUCUUCGGCCAUUAGGUGUGCGACAGCAACGUCUGACCCUGUGGCUGUCGCUAGAUUUUUCCAUUGCACAUGCAAGGCAGUCCUUGACGGCCUGCUGGGUAGCAAGCCUGCUGACACGGGAAUUCUUGGGGACGUGUCUAAUUACUUCGGUGUUGUGGAGAAUAGUCAUUUCGCUGAUGAGAUGAUCAAAUUCUUAGAGUCAAUAAUCGUGCACAGCUUACGCGGACAAGAUGGAAGCCCCGGAGCAACUGUUUCAAGCACGCCACCUUCACCGACCACCGCGGAGUCAGAUAGCGAAUUUGUCGAGAAACUUUUCCUUGACAGCAACGCCAUUGCUCGGACCAGGCAACUUCAUUCCAAGCGCCACACUGCGACUUGCUUUAAGUACCGUCAGCCAGGAUCAGCCCACGAUUCUUGCCGCUUUGGCAUGCCGAGGGAUCUUUUAGAAGUGUCUAAAGUAGACGAGUACGGUGUUGUGCAUCUUGCACGUAACCAUGCUGGGGUUAAUUCAUGGAACCCUUCCAUCGCCAGCUGUAUCCGCUCUAACCAUGACAUUUCUUGGAUUCCGACGGUGUCAAAAUCACUGUCGCUCCUUUAUUACAUCACAAAUUAUGCGACCAAAGACGAUAUUUCGCCUGGCCAAAUGGUGACGAAGGCUGCGUUGUUAAAACAAGCCAUUGAUCGCGCAAGCUCUACCUCUACGCCAAGCUCAGCUGAUAUACGGCUUCGCGAGAGAGGAAUGGACAAAUUCGCUCUCCGCUGUUUCAAUAGCUUGUCACAAGACCGAGAAAUCAGUGGAGUGCAAGUGGCGAGCACAUUACUCCAACUUCCAUCGCAUUAUACACUGAACUACAACUUCACCCGUUUAAAUCUCUGGUGGCUGAGACGAUAUGUUCGUUCUAUGAUCCAUCCGGAACGCCUUCAGAAUGCUGUACCAUCAGAUUCAAUCGGAGAGGAACCAUGCAAUUUUGACCAGAGUACGACCGCACCGGCAAACAUAUUUGAUAAUUAUAAAUUGCGGGGUGACCCUUUAUCAUCCCUGUGCAUCUUCGAGUACUGCAUGAUAGUCCGCACCAAGAGACUCCAGGAUGCAACAACAGAAGAUAUUCCGUUCCAUGAGACGCAUCCAAGGCACCACACACAUUUGCAAAGGCUGGCUCGAUCUGCGUCACAAACAGCCACUGUGACACUUCAAGGCGAGCUGACAGAAUUUCAAUCCUCAGAGGAUUCCAUGCCAGGUGGACACCCUACAACUAGAGCUAUUCAGAAUGAUCUAGCCGAGAUUCUCCUUGGACUGUUCAUUCCUUGGCAGGACUUACAAUCACUUGUCCGUCAAACACCUACUGACUCUGCCACAUCGCUCGACCUUCAUCACAUCUGGAUGUGUAUCGAGCCAACACUUUCACCAUAUGUUCGGACGUUUGCGCAAAACAUCGAGCUUUUACGGAAAUCAAAGACCGAUUGUCAGGCAGAUGCUGUUCUGCGGAAUCGCUCCGCGCAAAAUACAUCCGCGGUUGACCAAGAGUUAACCAGUCCGCCCUACCCUGUGUCCGAUGCUGAAAACGUGUCCAUGCGUUUUUCGCAACAUGUGGAAGACUCUAUAAGCAAAGAAACACUUUUGGCGGCUUUUUUUGCAAUAGGUAGAGGCUGGUCGAAUGAAGAAAAUGAUGCCCAGCGACGUAUUCCCACUCUCACCUCGACAAGUUUGCCAUCUUCGCCCCUUCAAUUUGAUAACUUUGGACCUAUUCAAAUUUCAAACAGCACACUGUAUGAGUCAACUGGGCUCCAAUGCUUCCCUGUGUUUACCUUGCAAGACUGGAAAACCCGUCUUCAGAAUAUUACCAAGGCCGCAAAUCAAGACACACAACCUGGGAUGCCCACCGCUACUGCAUCAGACCUCGACGACUUUAAUCUUGGACUGACUGACGACGUUUUGGUCCCCAUUUUGACCGAAUCAGACCUAUCACUUGACUUGCAGCGCCGUCGUUCCGAAAUAGGUCAGAAUCCCACGGGUGCGUCAUUAACAUCACUGGUGCGCGAUAUUAUUCCAUUGAAUGAGAAACAAGGUCUUGUCGUGGAAAGAGUCGUGUCUAACCUCCUGGCUUGUAUCAACCACCCGUAUGACUCUUCUAUGCGGAAGCAAAAUCUCCUCUACGUGGGAGGUGAAGGCGGAGUGGGCAAGAGCCAGAUCAUCAAAGCGAUUGUCGCCGCGAUGGACCUGGUCCACCGAAAGGACGAGGUUAUCCUAAUGGCGCCCACAGGAGCUGCUGCCGAUGUCAUCGGAGGAAGCACGUACCAUACGUCCCUUGGGAUUUCUCUCAACCGCUAUAGACGGGGUGGAGUUGGUCCUAGAGUUCGCAGGCUAUGGUCUCGGAAGACCGCCAUGAUUAUAGACGAGGUGAGUAUGAUAGAUCUCUCCGCAUUAAGUAUUAUCAAUACACACUGUAAGAUCGCUCGAUCUUUGGACAGAUCCUCUCCGCAUCUUUUUGGGGGGUUACCUGUGGUGAUCCUCAUGGGCGACUUUCAUCAAUUUCCUCCAGUGAAAGGACAGGCCUUAUGGAAACAUCCAAGAAACGAUACGGAACAAGACGGGAAACUCAUCUGGGAUCAAUUCCAGCAAGUCAUCAUCCUCCAUGAACAAAUGCGCCAGGCAGAGGACAUACCAUAUCGGAAUUUACUGAGUCGGGCGAGGUCCGGCACACUGACGUCCGACGACUUGUCAACGUUAAAUUCAAAGGCGAUCACUUCUCUCACUGACCCGCAUUUACAAACUGCAACGGUCAUUGUCAAGUUGAACUCACUUCGCCACGUCAUUAAUCGUCUCCAGAUUGAGCGCUUCGCCCGAGCCAGACAUCAGAACAUUAUUGUUUUUCCAGCUCUCCACACCAGAACAAGAUCUUCCGGCCCAACUCCCCUCCAGCUUCGUGCUGACGACCUGCUAGGUCUACCCGAGCAAGGCGCGAAAGUCCCCUUCCCAGGUCUCAUCCUGUACACGCUUUGUAUGCCGACAAUGGUCCUAACAAACAUUUGCACACCGGCAGGCUUGGUCAAUGGUGCAACCGGCCAAACCAUGGGCAUUGCGAUUGAUCCAGAAGCGGAAUUUUUCAAGCUCGACGACCUGUAUAUCGUUUGCACCAAGCCGCCGGUCUGUCUUCUUUUCAAACCAGCCCGCACCCAAUCGAAUCUCUUCCAAUCGCUUGAUAGUGGUGUUUUACCUAUCUUUCCGCUCGAGAUGUCUAUUACUGUGAAAGGAUAUUCUGUCCGACGAAAACAAAUCCCUAUCUGUCCAGCAUUUUGUCUCACUGACUAUAAAAUCCAAGGCGCAACCCUCGACUCUGUCAUUCUGGAUCUGAAAGACCAUAUCAAGAAUCGGCGACAAGACUCCCACCGAAAAUACUGUUCCACAUACGUGCAGCUGUCACGCCUUCGAUCGCUGAAUGGCCUUCAUCUUCUUCAAUCGAUCAGUAUGAGUGAUCUUGAGCACAGACCUGACCCUCAAUUGCUUGAAGAAAUGCGAAGGCUGCAAGCGCUUCAACAGCAGACUCUUGCUGCGUGGCAGGCAAAUUCUUAA